AUGGAGAUUAUCCCAAGGUUCCGCUGGGCCAUCAAGUUGCUAUACUCUCAAUGUUGGGCUAGUGUAUAUGACUGCGACGUCGCGCCCUUCGGCUUCUGGGUGAUUAGAGGCAUUAAGCAGGGCUGCCCACUGCCGGCAUUCAUCUUCGCCCUCUGCCUCGACCCCACCCUCAGACUCAUGCCCUCUCGUCUUCUUACUGACCACUCGCGGCCUGGGGCACUUGCUGGCGACGUCGGCAUAGCCUGUGGAAGUUUCUACAGCACGCCGAGCAUCACUCUCCUGACCUGGCGCGCUGCUGCUGGCGCUGCUGGGCUCGUUCGAAAGCUCGAGGGCAUCCAGAUCGCCAUGCCUCGCUCGCCAGGGCAUCAGCUCAUCUUCAGCGGAUUACGUGCGCUCGGAAUUCGAGGUGGGAAGUUUCAGCUCAAGCGCGCGGGGAAAUAUUUUGGUCUGAUCAUCGGCCUCGAGGGCUGGCACCAGUCGCGGGCAGCGCCCGGCAGAAAGUUCUUCGACCGCGCGGCCUCGACGAAGGCCCUGCGCCUAGGUCUCGCAAAGGACCUCGCCAGGCACAUUGCGCUUGACUUCUCCACCCCCACCUUCGUCGCUCAGUUCCACCUCCCCGACCAGAGCACUCUGAGUUUAGAGGGGCGAGGGAGCGCGGCCGCGCACGUGACCGUCCUCGUGGACCUGCCAGGCGGCGAGCUCCUCGCGGACCCGGGCUUCAGCGACCCGCCGCGGGCGCCGGUGCGCCUGUCGGGCGAGACGGCCGACGACCUGGCCACCUACAAGGUGGAGUUGAGCGAGGGCUCCGGGGCGCCCGACGGCUUCGACACAGUCCUGACGCGCGCCCGGGGUGCCGGGUCGCUCAGCAGGCACGCGUGGAGCCCGGACGACGCCGCGCUGGACGCGCAGGAGGCGACCUCGUCGGCCGUGUACGCCUUCCGCCAGUCGGACGACCUCGGCGACGAGGAGCUCCAGGCUGCCCUGCAGGCCUCCCGCGCAGCCUCGGGCCGCCUCUACACGGAUCAGCGCCUGGUCUUCCUUGCCACCCCGAGGGGCCACGUGUCGCUGAGCGAGCGGAAGUUCCGGAAGGUGGUCCGCGGAAGGAGAGCGUCACAGACGAGGCCUCGUGGCAGCAGAAGGCGUCGGACUUGCUGA